AUGCUGAAAGCGGGCGCCACUAAGGUGGGGCUGCCCAAGCCAGGACACCAGGAGCGGGCGAGGCAGACCUCUGUGACUUCAUCGUCCUCUUCCUCCACAGCCAUGAAAACCUCCAGAUCCUCCAACAUGUUGCCGUCAGAGCAGCGCCUCAGCAGGCUUUGCUACACCGUGGACGUUUUUUUUUUUGUUGCAGGUGCACAAGCAACCAAGAAGUCUGGAAUCCCAGGACCCAGAGAAAUCCCCUCUGCCAUAACAAGAGAUCGCUCCUCUCUGAGGGAUCAGCUGAGGAGCUCCUCUGCAAAGAGAAUGGUUUCCAGUGCGAGCACCUCGAGCCUCUCCACCAUUGCAAAGCAGACACGUAGUUCAGCCAAGUCCCGUGCUGAGGCAGAGGGCCAGGAGAGGGGUCUUCUGGAGAAUCAGGUGAAAGAGCUGCUGGCUGAAGCCAAGGCCAAAGACUUGGAGAUCAGCAAUCUCAGGACGGAGUUGCAGCGCUUUAAGAAUAAACCCUCCACUCCCCCUUCUUUGCCAUCGUCCAGCACCGUUUCACAGCACGAGCCUGCAGCUGACUAUGAGGAGGGGCAGGUGGCUGAGGCCCUUGUCUUGGUUGGAGAGCUUAGAGAGAAGAAUGGGAAAUUUCAGCGAGAGUUGGCAGCCCUUAGGGAAGAAAACCAGGCACUGAAAGAAAAGCUGCUGUGCGUGGAGGCUUCUCCUGUAUCGAGCACAAACACAAGCCCACCUGAGAAGCCUUUGGUAAACGGCCUGCCCCCAGACUCCUUAAUUACCCAGCAGGACCCUCAACCCUCUGCUGCCAGCCCUCUCAAAACCCCUGUCUCCUCCAGCUCUGACAUUACCAAGGAGUCACCAUCACCUGACUCCUCAGAGUUUGAGAAAAUCCCAUCAUGCUCAGAGUCAAGGAGCAGCAGUAUAAGUGGAGAUGUUGUUGUAGCUGGGGCAGUAAACAAUGCAGGAGGUCAGAGUGUGUCAGUGCAGAGCCUCACAGAGCAGAUUCAUAAGAUGGAGGAGAGCCAUCACAGCACGGCCGAAGAACUGCAAGCAACUCUGCAGGAGCUGGCUGACCAGCAGCAAGUUGUUCAGGAGCUAACAGCCGAGAACGAGCGGCUGGCUCAAGAAAAGCGACUCCUGCAGACUUCACUCCAGCAGCAGAGGGAACGUCUGGAAGUGCUGGCGCAGAAAAAUGAAACAUUUGCCCUCAGACUUCAGGAACAAGCCCAGGCCCACACUCAUAGGGAGGAGGAGCUGAAAAGCCAAGGGCCUCGACUAACAGAGCUGGAGCAGAGGUAUGGCGAGCUGAUGGAGAGUUCUCGCUUUGAGCGUGAGAAACUGGUGGACAUCCAGCAGCAGCUGACGGGCAGCCUGCGGGCUUUGGAGGAGGAACACCAGGAAGCACAGAGCCAGGUGUGCUGCCUCAAAGAAGAGAUGGGAAAGCUGCAGGCCCAGCUGGACAGAGAGAUGGAAAGCAGAGAUCAGGUCUCACAAGCUGUCGAGGAACAGAAGGCAGCGGCAGACUUGCUCAGGCUGGAAAACAGCAGGCUGAAGGCACAGGUGGACAUUGAGAGGCAAAAGGUCGGCGAGCUGAAGGCCAUGCAAAGUGCCAGUGACAGCACUGAGUUACAGAAUUUGUUGAAGGCAGCGCACACUGAGAGGGACAAGCUGGAGGUGAAGCUGACAGAACUGAGGCAGGAGCUGCUCCAGGCCCAGGCUGAGACUGAACAUGUGCGAACCGCAAUGUCAAAGCUGGAGGUCAAAUGCCAGCAGGUUCAGGAACAGGCUGAGGAGAAGGAGCAGGAGCUCAAUAACCGAGUGGCAUCCCUUGAAGAAGCCGGGAUCCAGGCAGAGAACCAGGUGAAGGAACUCAAGGAAACCAUCUUCGAGCUGGAGGACCAGGUGGAGCAACAGAGGGCUGUGAAUUGUCAUACCAACCAAACUGUCCUGGAUAUGGAGAAUCUUGUCAAAAAGAUUGAGGAGCAAAAAGCUGAAACAGAGCGACAACUGAAGGUUUUGAACAGACAAAUAAAGGAGGAAAAGGAGGAGUGGCGUCGUUUUCAGGCUGACCUCCAGACGGCCGUGGUUGUUGCCAACGACAUCAAGGUGGAAGCUCAGCAGGAGCUGCGCACACUCAGGAGGCAGCUGCAGGAGGAGCAGGAUCGCAAUGCAAAGCUUUCAACAGACCUCGAGGCCCUGCAGGGAGUCAGGUCCCAAGGUGAUGAGGCGAGGGUGUCCGACUCCGAUAACAACAAUAACUGGUGCGGCAUCCCCAUGAUCCCGACGACACCUGCAGACAUCAGCGGAGAUGCCAACGCAGAACCCGGAGCUACUGUCAAAUCCCUCAUUAAGUCCUUUGAUACUGUUGGACAAAACGGACCAGGACACACAGUUCAAAUGCAUUCCUCACCGAGGAGCCCCCUGAGUGGGAUCCCUGUACGCACUGCACCAGCUGCCGCCGUCUCCCCUAUGCAGAGACAGUCACACAUAAAGCCACUUUCAAAGACACUGGAGAAACGGAUUAAUCAUGGAGAAUUCUCUCAUCCUCAUGAUAAGUUGUCCAGCUUCGGGGAGGACCUGAAACCUAACAGCCUCAUGAGGAAGAGCCCUUCUCUCGAGUCUGUAAUCAAAAGCCCCGCUUCCUUCGGUAGCCGAACAGCAUCCUUCAGCUACAAUAGAGGCAACAGUAAGCUCAGUGUGGAAAGAAAGGACCCCUUGGCCGCACUGGCGCGGGAGUAUGGAGGAUCUAAGAGAAAUGCUCUACUGAAGUGGUGCCAGAAGAAAACAGAAGGCUAUCCGGUAGGGAUCACAGGCCAGAGACUUCUCUGA